AUGGCCGUACAAGCCCGAUAUUUUAUAAAUGGGCAUAGAUAUUCGUCAGGAGAGGGAAUACGAAUAAGUAAGUCGACUUAUGAAAGAUUUUAUAUUUUUUCAGGAGGAGACAGAGAAAUUGAGGUCUGCGAAAUAGAUUAUGAUGAUCAAGUCAUCAUAAAUAUCCAGGCUCCAAUAGCACCUCCAACGGAUAGCGGCGCCGAAAUUGUCUCUGUGACAAUUUCUAAGGAUCAGGAAUCAGACUGCCAAAUAGACUAUGGCGACCAAGUCAUCACAAAUAUACAAGCCCCAAUAACACCACUAGCGGAUAUUACACAGCUCAUUCCGUAA